CAGUCCAAACCAGUCCAAACCAGUCCCAAACUGGUUCCCAAUCCCAAACCAGUCCCUCCCAGUUCAAACCAGUCCCAAACUGGUUUCUCCCCCGUCCAGGCCGCGCGCUGCCGCUACCGCCGGGCGCUGUCGGAGUCGGCGCGGCGCCUGAACGCGCAGGGCUCCCAGCUGGGCUCCUGCAUCGACCGCGCCCGGCCCUACUACGAGGCGCGCCGCAGGGCCAAGGAGGCGCAGCAGGAGACGCAGCGGGCGGCGCUGCGCUACGAGCGCGCCGUGGGCAUGCACAACGCGGCGCGCGAGAUGGUCUUCGUGGCCGAGCAGGGCAUGGGCACCGGCAAGAACCGCCUGGACCCCACCUGGCAGGAGAUGCUCAACCACGCCACCAGGAAGGUGAACGAGGCGGAGCAGGAGCGGCUCUGGAGCGAGCGGGAGCACCAGCGGGUGACGCGGCUGUGCCAGGAGGCCGAGGCCGAGGUGCAGCGGCUGCAGAAAUCGCUGCGGCGCGACAUCGCCCGCAGCCGGCCCUACUUCGAGCUCAAGGCCCAGUUCAACCAGCGCCUCGAGGUACUGGGAGCACUGGGAGCCACUGGGAGGGGCACUGGGACCAGUUUGGGGCACUGUGAAAUGGGUUGGGAGCACUGGGAGGGACUGGGAGCACUGGAAGCCGGCCCUACUUUGAGCUCAAGGCCCAGUUCAACCAGCGCCUCGAG